AUGGCAAUGGCCAGACUUCAUAAACACGAUCCAGAUUGUACAAACUUAAAACACGUGAAUGUGAACGACAAUGUAUGUCAAUCAUCACGAAAAAAGAAACAGAAACUAAAUCACGCCCAUUUAAGUGAUUCUCGAGGCAGCUACCAAUCAGGAACAAAUAUACCCCUUCUGCCACGCACACAACUGGUCUCCAUCACAAGCGAUGAUAUUGUAGAAUGCGAUAAUUUUCCAACGAGGAACGUUCUUCCUGCAGCUCAGCUAUUUUACAAUAAUAUACAGACAAGAGAACUUCCUCCAACACCACCACAAGGGGUGUCGCUAGAUGACUUGCGAUGUUCACUGUCAAAGUCCUCAAGCUGCGCGUCCUGUGGCUGCUCCGGACAUUCUGUAAGGGAAGAAAAACACUUCAAUAAAAGGCACUAUCUAACUUGCAUUGCUGCAGUUUCUCUUCUCUUCAGUGUUGUUUCGUGCAGUAUCGCCAUUCAUGGCUUUGUUUUCAAGAAAACACCCUCAUGGGAAACGAUGACGAUCAAGGAAGGUGUUUAUGAGACCUGCGUCCCGUGUGUCCAGCUCUUGGACAAUGAUGUGUUAAGUGCUGGCUUGCAGAAUCAGUUGACCAAGAAGAUGAGGGACGGGAAACUUAUCUGCUGUGCCAACACUGGUGGUCAGAUGUCGGCACUCGUACAGCUGAUAAUGAAGCAGAAAACUGUCAAUGUGGUCACAUCGCCUGCACAAAGUGGACUCAAGUUUACACCGGUCAGUGCUCACAAACACCUCCAGCCGUGGAUUUCUUAUGACACAGAAGAGCUCAAGUUUCCUGACAGACACUAUCAUCUGAAGCUACGUGCCGCCAAUGAUGGUGCCAGUUGGGACCAUGCCCGACACGUGACAGCUACAAAUAACAGUCUGCAAAUUCUGUUUUCUGGCUGGUAUUUGGUCUACUCCAGUGUCUACUUCAGACCCAGGACAAACAAGAUGUGUGGACAGUUACGUCAUCAGACUUGGGGACAUUUCGUCAGCAGAAAGAGUCGUACCAAAAGCUCGACUUCAGGAAUUUUGUUGCAGUCAGCUCACACUUGCUGUGACAGCUGUAGAGACGACCAUCACACCAGUUACACAGCGGGUGUUUUCCUCCUGGAGGCCGGUGACGAUGUCUAUGUGGAGGUCUCUGGCAGCGGCUUGGUCAUGUUUGACGAAGAGACCAGUUAUCUGGGUCUGGCCAUGCUGGGCAGUUGGAGUUCUGCCAGGAGUCAGUGA